AUGGUGAAGCUCGAAGCUUUUGCGGUUGAACAGUGGAUGGAUAAAUAUGAGCUUACUGCCAAGUACAACACUGCCGAGACAUGCUGUGCUUCGCUUUCCAUCGACGACUUGCGCGAGUUAUCCGAGGCCAAGGAAACAAACCCCUUGACCCAGCUCCAGUCCACCAAACUCACGUAUGGGGCAAUUCGGGGUUCGGAAAAACUGCGAGGGACUCUGAGUAAUCUAUAUUCCGCGAAGAUUCCAGGAUUGGUUUCAAAGGAAAAUGUGUUGAUCACUGCGGGGGCCAUUCAGGCCAACUUCCUGUUGCUGUAUACUUUGGUUGGGCCAGGCGACCAUGUUAUCUGCCACUACCCCACAUAUCAGCAACUCUACUCAGUCCCCGAGUCUCUUGGUGCUGAAGUCACACUCUGGAAGUCAAAGGAGGCGGAUGGGUGGCAGUUGGAUAUCGAAGAGCUGAAAGGGAUGAUCCGGCCCAACACGAAGCUGAUUAUUAUCAAUAACCCCCAGAACCCGACUGGUGCCAUCAUCCCGCGUGAUACUCUCCAGAGCCUAGUGGAUGUGGCCCGUGAGGCCUCCAUAACUCUCUUUGCCGAUGAAGUAUACCGCCCGCUUUUCCACAACAUCAGCCCCAUGGACUCACAAUUUCCUCCAUCCCUCCUCUCCUUUGGAUACGAACACAGUGUGGUGACAGGCUCAAUCUCAAAAGCAUACAGCCUGGCUGGUCUUCGUGUGGGCUGGAUCGCGUCGGGAAAUAAUUCUCUCAUCGAAGCUUGUGCCAGUGCUCGCGACUAUACAACUAUCUCUGUGGGCCAGCUUGAUGAUGCGGUGGCAAGCUUUGCCCUUGCCCCAGAGUGCAUCCACAAUCUUCUGAGGCGUAAUAUCGACCUUGCUCGAUCCAACCUGGCUAUCCUGGAGAAGUUCAUUGAAGACCAUCGGUGGGCGUGCGACUGGAUUAAGCCUCGAGCGGGUACGACAGCUUUCGUUCGAUUCAACAAGAUGGGAAAGCCAAUCGACGACAUCGCCUUCUGCGAAAUGCUGCAAGAACGGAAGGGCGUGAUGUUUGUCCCGGGCAGUCUCUGCUUUGGUGGGGGCGAGGACUUUAAGGGUUAUGUUCGCAUUGGAUAUGCCUGUGAGACGAUGGUGCUGGAGCAGGGACUGAAGGAAUUACGAGAAUUUAUGGAUGAGGACUACGAUGAGGUUCCUUCGUUGAAGAAGGUCAAACCCUGCAAUUGA